GUCCAUUGGCUUGUCCUGCUCUCUUUUUCAUGUCCAGCCCCUGAUGAGUGUCCAUUGGUGUUGCCUUCGCCUUCCCUCCUCCCCUCUCCCCGGCUUGCCCUGCCCAUGUUUUGUAUGUCUCUGUCCAUCCAGGCUCCUGACGUUCAAGUUCGCAGGGACGUCACGUCCGCACUUGAACUUGCAGCUCAGGGGGGCUUUUGCCAUUUUUUUCAUCUCUCUCUCUCUCUCCUUCUCUCUCUCCCUCUCUCUCCCUCUCCCUCUCUCUCUCUUUUUUUUUUCCCUUGCACAAAAAAAAAAAAAAAAGCCAUGACUGCUAUCCCACAAUUCAUCUUCCCUGCGCCAUCUUUGUAUUAUUUCUAAUUUAUUUUGGAUGUCAAAAGACAUUGAUGAAGAUAUUUUCUCUGGAGUCUCCUUCCUCUCUAACCCGUCUCUCCCGAUGUGAACCGAGCGACUCACAAGCCACCGAAGCCACCAACCCACCAUGUCGCGCCGCAAGCAAGGCAAACCCCAGCACUUAAGCAAACGGGAAUUUUCACCCGAACCUCUUGAAGCCAUUCUCACUGAUGACGAACCUGAACAUGGCACAUUGGGAGCUCCGGAAGGGGACCACGACCUCCUCACUUGUGGCCAGUGUCAGAUGAACUUCCCGUUGGGGGACAUUCUUAUUUUUAUUGAGCACAAACGGAAACAAUGCAAUGGCAGUCUCUGCUUAGAGAAGGCUGUGGAUAAGCCACCUUCACCCUCACCAAGUGAGCUGAAAAAAGCAUCCAAUCCUGUGGAGGUUGGCAUCCAGGUUACGCCAGAGGAUGACGAUUGUUUAUCAACGUCAUCUAGAGGAAUUUGCCCUAAACAGGAACAUAUAGCAGGUAAAGAUGAGCCCAGCAGCUACACGUGUACGACUUGUAAACAGCCUUUCAACAGCGCCUGGUUCCUCUUGCAGCACGCACAGAACACACACGGCUUACGGAUCUACCUAGAAAGCGAGCACGGCAGCCCCCUGACGCCACGGGUUGGUAUCCCAACAGGACUAGGUGCAGAGUGCCCUUCCCAGCCACCUCUCCACGGGAUUCACAUUGCAGACAAUAACCCUUUUAACCUGCUCAGAAUACCCGGCUCGGUCUCGAGGGAGGCAUCGGGGCUGGGAGAAGGUCGUUUCCCACCCACGCCGCCCCUCUUUAGCCCUCCCCCCAGGCACCAUUUGGAUCCGCAUCGCAUUGAGCGCCUGGGUGCGGAAGAAAUGGCUCUGGCCACCCAUCACCCUAGUGCCUUUGACAGGGUGCUGCGACUGAACCCCAUGGCGAUGGAGCCCCCCGCUAUGGAUUUCUCCCGGAGGCUGCGGGAGCUGGCCGGCAACACCUCCAGCCCGCCCUUGUCCCCGAGCCGGCCCAGCCCUAUGCAAAGGUUGCUGCAGCCCUUCCAGCCCGGCAGCAAGCCCCCGUUCCUGGCCACGCCGCCCCUUCCUCCUCUGCAGUCCGCUCCUCCUCCCUCCCAGCCGCCCAUGAAGUCCAAGUCCUGUGAGUUCUGCGGGAAGACCUUCAAGUUUCAGAGCAACCUGGUGGUCCACCGCCGGAGCCACACCGGGGAGAAGCCUUACAAGUGCAACCUCUGUGACCAUGCCUGCACGCAGGCCAGCAAGCUGAAGCGCCACAUGAAGACCCACAUGCACAAGUCCUCCCCCAUGACGGUGAAGUCGGACGAUGGGCUCUCCACCGCCAGCUCCCCCGAGCCAGGCACCAGCGACCUGGUGGGCAGUGCCAGCAGCGCCCUCAAGUCUGUGGUGGCCAAGUUCAAGAGCGAGAAUGACCCCAACAUGAUCCCCGAGAAUGGGGACGAGGAAGAGGAGGAAGAGGAGGAGGAGGAGGAAGAAGAAGAGGAGGAAGAGGAGGAGGACUUGAACGAGAGCGACAGGCCAGACUACGGCUUUGGGAUGAGCCUGGAGGCGGCCCGCCACCACGAGAACAACUCGCGGGCCGGCGAGGAGGGCCGGUCGAUGCCGGACGUCAUGCAGGGCAUGGUCCUGAGCUCCAUGCAGCACUUCAGCGAGGCCUUCCACCAGGUCCUGGGGGAGAAACACAAGCGGGGCCACCUCCCCGAGCCCGAGGUGCACAGGGACACUUGCGACGAAGACUCGGUGGCCGGCGAGUCCGACCGCAUCGACGAGGGGGCAGUCAACGGCCGGGGCUGCUCCCCGGGGGAGUCCGCCUCGGGAGGCCUGUCCAAAAAGCUGCUGCUGGGUAGCCCCAGCUCCCUGAGCCCCUUCUCCAAACGCAUCAAGCUGGAGAAGGAGUUCGACCUGCCGGCCGCCGCCAUGCCCAACACCGAGAACGUUUACUCCCAGUGGCUGGCGGGCUACGCCGCCUCCCGGCAGCUGAAGGACCCCUUCCUCAGCUUCGGCGACUCCCGACAAUCGCCCUUCGCCUCCUCCUCCGAGCACUCCUCGGAGAACGGCAGCCUGCGCUUCUCCACGCCGCCGGGCGAGCUGGACGGAGGGAUCUCAGGCCGCAGCGGCACGGGAAGCGGAGGGAGCACCCCCCAUAUUAGUGGCCCGGGCCCUGGCAGGCCCAGCUCAAAAGAGGGCAGACGCAGCGACACUUGUGAGUACUGUGGGAAGGUCUUCAAGAACUGUAGUAAUCUCACCGUCCACAGACGGAGCCACACGGGCGAGAGGCCGUAUAAGUGUGAGCUUUGCAACUACGCCUGCGCCCAGAGUAGCAAGCUCACCCGGCACAUGAAAACACACGGGCAGGUUCGGCGUACCCCCCCAGCUGGCGCAGCGCCCAGGGAGCCCCGGACGUCUGGCAGUUUUCGGAUGGAAGUUCAAGAGCACUUAAAUUCUGAAAGGAGGUGAAGCUGGGGCGAGCGGCUGGCGGCAUCUCGGCGUCCAGAGGUGGCCUCUGUCCUGCUGGCUCGCCGCGUCCCCGGGAGAGCCUGAGAAGUCACCCGCCGAAGGCAGCGCUCCCCGGGCUCCUCCUGCCUGCAAGACUAUCGUAUUUAUAUUUUGUAAUAGAGUACAACACUUCUUUGGGGUUCGGUUGGUUUUUUUUUUUCCCUUUUUUUUUUUUUAUUUUCUAAAAGCAAAAAAAAAAAGCAAACCCACCCACCAAGGUCAAGGGCUUAUCGAUGGCUUCCACCGGCUCCUUUCCCCAUGGAAAAGACUUGUCUUGCUCUCAUGGACAACCCGGCCUGUUGGUUAUCUCCCUGACGUGCCAUUUCUCAGAAGGCGCAUCUGAUGUGACGAAUUAAAAAUAAAACAAAACAGUGUAGGUCUGUGGGUGGGUGGGAAAUUGCCAUAAUAAAUGUUGGAGCUUUAGGUUUUGUUUGCUCUGUCUUUAAUUUUUAAUGCUAACAAGGGCCAGGCGGCGGGUAUGACUUUGUAUUACCCUAUCGGCUGCAGAAAACCAAGUGCUGAGUUUACAAAGAGAAAGCUGGAGCUGGUGUCUGCGCGAGGGGCUGCUCAGCACUGGUGGGCAGAGGUUUCCCCCAGAGCUAGACCAGGCACCAGGCUUAGGGCCGCUGCACCCCACAUCGUGGGGAACCCCCACUGGCGUUGGCUGGUGCAGAAGCGUGGUGUCUCCUAGCCCUCCUCCAUUGCCCGCCUCCUCGUGAUGAAUGCCGGCUGUCGUAUUGCAUUUCUGCUGUUAGACUAUGUACUUUUGGGGCUGGUGGGAUCCGUAACGUUCCUUAGUGUCCGUCCAAGGAGAAGUGAGGCCAGCUGGUGGGUUUCGGGAGGAGCGAUGGUCUUGCUGUGGAGAUGCUGUCAGUACCAGGGGAUGCAGAGCCCUGCCCUGAGCCGCAGUACUGGGGGGAGCUGUAUCAGGCUGGCGUGCCGCUGUUUCCAGCUGAGGGCUCCAGCCCUUGCACAGCUUUUCCCCCUGCCAGUGACACUCGUCCCUUGCUCGGAGCUCAGCACUCACCCCAGGAGUUUGCUGGUUCGGGGCCCAAGAGUUUUUCUGAACAGAAGAUGGGUUAAGUGCAUGCUUGUGUGCUGUCUCCGAUGGGAUUUAUAGGCUGCAGCUACUCAUGCCUGUGCCGGCGAGCGGGAAUGGACCUUAUUUGGUGAAAGAAACCAGCUGGGUAGUGAGCAGGGCUGCUGGCCGGCCGUGUCGGGCUGCCAGGACACCCGCUGCCGGGCGCAGUGGGACGGAGCCGACUCACGGGGCAGGGGCCAACUGAUUUUUUUGCUUCGUGUAUUAGCUUCAUUCUCACAGCUGCUUUUAUUCAGCUCCUUUCUUAAAAUCCGAGCGAGGCGCCCAGCCGGGGUGACUCUCUCCUGGCAAAAUGGCCAUAGGGAAAUCGGUGUUGCCUUUUCGAUGGGUGGUGGUUGCUCUUUUGUUUUUUGAGAACCCGGGCUGUAGUUCUCCUGUCAGCUGGGGCAUAGCACAAGCACAGACACUUUUGUACCUUAAAGCUUGGCAAGGGGCUGAGGCGCGUGGCAGAAGCACCUCCACACACGGCCGUAGGGUCACAGCAGGGUGCACAGGCAUGGGCUGACCCAAAAGGAGCUAUUAAGGUGAGCUGGUCUUUUAAGUCCAAUUACCCAAAAGCCUGCACACACCCUAAGCUUUUUUAUCAUUAGGAGAUGUUUUUAAAAGAUUUUUGUAUCCCAGCCUAUGUUACCACCUCUGUGUCUGUUCAUAAGGGUUUUUUUGAGCCUUGGAAGGGUGAAUCCUGUUGCAUUAAGCAUCCAAUUGAUUGGAAGCAUACCUUGGGUAAGGAGUUAGCAGCUCCCAUGAGCUCCUGCCCCAAAGUAUCUCUGCUCCAGCAGCUGCAUCAGAUUGGGGAUGAUUGGAUAGUUACAAAGGGGGGUUGCUCUGCUCUUUCUUCCAAAUUGCAAACAAGGGAUCACCUGGUACCUAUCUACAGCAGGCCUGCCGUGCUUAUAAUAGAGGGCAGCUGGGUGGCUGCUUUAUAAAGGUUUUUCAGUGUGCUGGUUGGUUCUGGGGGAGCAAAGCUCAGUGAGUAGGUGUUUUCUGGGGCAGCUGGUCAUGCUUUUGUUGCUCUGGUUGGUGAAACAAGUGCAAUGUCCUCUGCUUUCUCUGGCCGUGGCCCAUCUCUCCUCUAGCAGCCAGCACGAGGCAGGUGUUUCUCCCAGGAAAAGCAGAAAAUAACAAAGCAGUGACAGCUAAAUGUGGUUCGCCGAGCAGAGAGGGGAAAAGUUACACCUGUCCUUCCCUGAAGUGUUGAAGGUAAAGUGAAAUGGUCCUUAAAAUGUGUGUUUUUUAAUACAGGGGUUAAACCCUCCUAACUCUUAGGAUUUUAAAACAUCUGCAGAAUUUAUGUGUUUGCCUUAAUGUUACCAAUACACGUAAAGGCUGAGCUGAGAGCCUCUUGUAAGUCUUGGGGCUGCACUGGGGGCUCCUCUUCCCGGCUGCGGGGCCUGACCCUGCUCUUGGGGUCCAUGUGGCUGUUGUGAAGCAACAGGGCAGUCUCAGCACCAGGUUUGGUGGAGCCACAAGGGUUUCCACCACCUCAUGUGACCUGGGCUACUGUGUGCUUUAAGUAGGGGUGCUGUUAGGAUCCUUUUUUGCCUGACCAGGACUUGGCUGCUGCAAAGCUCUUCAGUGUAUCUGGGUGUGCAGGGGAUGGCCAGCCAUGGCAUAACAGCAGCUUAAUGAGUUUCUGCCAAUUAACAGGAGUCAAGGGUUUCCUGCAAGGGGAGAGCUGGAGGACUGUUAGCCUCAAAGCCGGAGGCUGUUCUGCUUUUGGUGCAAGAGGGGCAAUAUUCCUAGGGAUUUUGUAUUUUAGCAUAUUCCCAAUGUGUCAGUCUGCACAUCAGAGUUAAAAAAUGAAGUAUGCUUUGUCUUUAUAAAAAAAAUGAAGUUCUAAAGUUUUGGAGUUUUUAAUAAGCAAAAGAGAAGCUCUUUUUUCCUAGUCCGCAGGCUGAGAUGAGCAAGAUACCUGGGAAUUAACUAGUUUAGCUUUGAUUUUGGGGGUUUAAAAAACUGCUUUCAAACUUGAAGGCAAUUUGAAUGUGCUGUAUUUUAUUUCUAAGCAGACUUUCACUACAUCACAAUGCAGCAAAGGUCAAGUCUUUUGUGAAGUCUAACUUAAAUUUUGCUUUCAAAACAUGUAUUUUGGAUUUGUGAUGCAUUUGGGCCGUGGGCUUUUACAAGGUGAGAAGCGAGGAGCGAAGUGAAUGUGUUAGAGGUCGCUUAUGGAGCACUGUCUCUCCAGAAGGGAUCUGAAAACACAUAUAAAAUCCCAUGAAGGGGAUUCCCCCACCCCACCCCCAUUUUGUUUCAGCCCCAGCUUCGUGUCAGGUCCCACUAAGUGACCUGUGGGACCAGUGUCAGCGUUGGGCUCAGGCGCAGCGUGGGGUUGGUGGGCAGCAAUGCAAAUGCAAACUCUGGGGGAAACCGGGGCCGCUGGGGGUUAUUUUACCAACUAUGCUUUUGUUUUGCAUCUCACUCCUCCCCUCGCUGUGUGUCUGGAUGUUGGGGAAACCCAGGGGUGAGCCUUUACCUGCAGACUUUUUGUGGUGAGGGGCAAGACCUGCUAAACAUAUCUGCCUUUCCAGGGCUCCCUGCUCUGGUGUGCCAUUUCACAUGAUCCCACUAUAAAUUAUUAUCAAGGAGCGAGCUGAACAACCCCCCUGAAUGAGAGCGGUGCCUCAUUUGCUGCUUUUUUUUAUUCCCUGCUUUGCCCCCGGGUUUUCCCAUUUCAGGCAUGAUUAGGCAUCACCGUUCAGUUGUAUGUUGUAUCUGCUUCAAGUCUAUAAAACUUUGUUGCCCCUCCAUCCCAACACCCCCUGAACCU